AAGUUAAACAACUCACAGGUCCCUUCCCCCAAAACCCACAUAAGAAGUAUCGACAUUUUCUCUCUCUCUCUCUCUCUGCUUUCUCUGUCUAAAACUAGUUGGGAAAAUCCAAACGAGACCUCCAUGACGAUCUUCACGAUGCUCGCGAUCUCUCUCAUUGCUUAAUAAUCACACUCUCUCUCUCUCUCUCUCCUCCCAUUCCGAAGGACGACUCAAAAGUCAUUCGUCGCCCACUCAGAUCUUCUCUCGCCGGAAAUCUCACCCCCACUCUCUGAUUUAUAAAUUAUUGAAGCUGCUAAAUUUAAUUUCCGUUUGGUUAAUUUGGUGGAGAAUUGGGGAAUGGCUUCUCUGUCUCAUUCGUCAGUGGCAUUGAAUGAGAAUUUGGCUGCUUCAGAUCUUCUCCAUAGCUCUAGUAAUGGUGUCAGUGGUGUGCCCUUGAAAGUCCUAGGAAGGGCGCGACUGGGCUCAAGAAGGGGGGUUUUUAUGGUCAAUGCAAAGGUUAGGAAGGUGAAGAAGCACGAGUAUCCGUGGCCGGAGGGUGCCGAUCCAAAUGUGAAGGGCGGAGCCCUUAGUCAUCUCUCACCUUUCAAGCCUUUAAAAGAGAGGCCGAAGCUGGUCACUUUGGACUUCGAGAAACCUCUUAUGAAUCUGCAAAAGAAGAUUAUUGAUGUACAAAAGAUGGCAAAUGAAACUGGCCUUGACUUCAGUGACCAAAUAAUCUCUUUAGAGAACAAGUAUCAACAGGCUCUAAAGGAUCUGUAUACGCAUCUGACUCCUAUACAGCGUGUGCAUAUUGCACGGCAUCCAAACAGGCCAACUUUUCUUGACCAUGUGUUUAAUAUUACCGACAAGUUUGUGGAGCUUCAUGGUGAUCGAUCAGGGUAUGAUGAUCCCGCCAUUGUCACUGGUCUUGGAAGCAUAAAUGGUAGAAGUUACAUGUUUAUGGGUCAUCAAAAGGGUAGAAAUACGAAGGAGAACAUUCUCCGCAACUUUGGGAUGCCCACUCCCCAUGGCUACCGGAAGGCGCUACGCAUGAUGUAUUACGCAGAUCACCAUGGAUUCCCUAUUGUUACUUUCAUUGAUACUCCAGGGGCAUUUGCAGACCUUAAAUCAGAGGAACUAGGCCAAGGUGAGGCCAUAGCUCACAACUUGAGAACUAUGUUUGGGUUGAAGGUACCUAUUGUUUCCAUUGUUAUUGGGGAAGGUGGAUCUGGUGGUGCUCUGGCCAUAGGCUGUGCUAAUAAAUUGUUAAUGCUCGAAAAUGCAGUUUUUUAUGUUGCCAGCCCAGAAGCGUGUGCAGCAAUUUUGUGGAAAACUGCCAAAGCCUCUCCCAAGGCAGCUGAGAAGCUUAGAAUAACUGCUGGGGAGUUGUGCAGACUGCAAAUAGCAGAUGGUUUCAUCACUGAGCCACUUGGUGGUGCACAUGCUGAUCCACAUUGGACAUCACAACAGAUAAAAACUGCAAUUGUUGACACAAUGGAUGAGCUUACAAAAAUGGACACUCAAGAGCUGCUAAAACAUAGGAUGCUAAAGUUCCGCAAACUUGGUGGAUUCCAAGAAGGAAUCCCUGUAGAUCCCAAAAAGAAAAUCAACAUGAAAAAUAAAGAACUCAUUGACCAAAAUCCAGGAAAGGCUUCAGGACUGGAAUUGGAGGGUGAGGUUGAAAAACUCAAACAACAAAUUUUGAAAGCCAAGGAGUUGUCUACAGAAUCUCCAGAGUUGGGCCUGAACGAGAUGCUAGAGAAACUGAAAAAAGAGGUUGAUCAUGAAUAUUCUGAGGCAGCCAAAGCCAUGGGCUUGAAGGACAGGCUUAUGAUGUUGCGGGAAGAAUUUGCAAAAGCAAGGAAUUCAAAGGACCAGCUCAUUCAUCCAGCUCUAAAGAACAAGAUUGAGAAGGUUAAGGAUGAGUACAACCAAGGUCUUGCUUCGGCUCCUAAUUAUGCAAGCCUGAAAUAUAAGCUUGACAUGUUGAAGGAAAUAUCCAAAGCAAAGAAUCUCUCAGAGAAGAACAACAAAACAGUCCCAUUAAAACAGGAAAUUAAUAAGAGACUGAAAGAGAUCAUGGAUCGGCCAGAUGUCAAGGAGAAGAUUAAGGCACUGAAGGCUGAAACUGAAAACUCUGGGGUGUCUAGUGCUGGGGACUUAGACCAGGGGCUAAAGGAGAAAAUUCUGCAGGUAAAGGAGGAUGUACUUAUGGAAUUUGCUGAUGUUCUCAAGUCUAUAGGUUUGCAUGUGGAACCACCAUCAUUCUCAGAUUUCAAAAUUAAAAUGGAGGAUUUUAAUGGAGAAAUUAUCGAGGGAAUCGAAGAUGUUAUAAAUUCGUCAGAUUUGAAGAACAAGAUUGAGCUAUUGAAGUUGGAGGUAGCAAAGGCCGGAAAGACACCUGUUGCGGAGUCUAAAAAUAAGAUUCAGACUUUGGAGCAACAAAUAAAGCAGAGCCUUGAAGAAGCUAUGAAUUCCUCUGGGUUAAAAGAGAAGCAUGAGAAGCUUAAGUUGGACAUUUCUGAAGCCAUGGAAUCUUUUGGAGGAUUCAAUGGAAGUACAGUUAAAGAAAACUUAAAUAAAGACAGUUCCAUGAAUGAAGGAUCAAGAGUACCGAUUAAUUUUCAACCAAACCGCAUUGUUGCCUGAUCAUGUUGCAGGUGGUUGAUAAAUCUGUUGAAACUACGUAGAGGGCUUUGAGAGAGAAUUUACCAGCAUUCAUUGUCAUCUCCUUGCAGAGUCCACAAGGUUUCGCAUCUGGAGGAACGUGAGAUAGUCACAGCAUACCUGCUUAAUCUUGAAGCAGUCUGAAAUGAUUGACACCAUUUUAUUAGUUUUUGCAUCACUCUGUCUCUUGGUACAUUUCUACUGAUGAACACAAAACAAUAUGUAUAAAUUAUGAAUGGCACACUAAACAGUGUGCUUUUAAUUAUCUGGAGGAGAAUAUAUGGGGUUGCCUUUCACCUAA